GAUCCGAGUACAGCAAGUUUCAGAUUCGCACGGGAGGCCUUCGCUUCCCAUAGCUCGCCCUCUCUCACUCGACCCAGGGCAGCAGAUCACUUCUCAGCAAAAGAAGCGGAAAGAGUCUCCGUCCGGGGGUUCCGUUUUGUACACAAGGGAGCGCUUGUCAGAGGAAUCGUUCGAAAGGCCAAUUCGUUGACGAUUGACGGCUGCGAAGAUGAAGACGGUUGAGAUGAUCAUUUUAGGCUUCUCAGUCACAUGUGUCCUCGUUGCUGUCUGCCUGACCAUUUGGUUCAUCAUAGUGCGCUUCUGCAUCGAUCGCCGGGUUGCAGCAGCAGCCCGGAAUGAGAGCGCAGAAAAGCAUGGAGGCGGCAGCGCAGGAUCCAAUUUGACGCGACAAAAUGGCCGGGGAAAGAGUGACCUUGAAUCCGGUGCUGGAAAUCAUCACCUUCAUGGAGGUUCAUGAAAAUCACUAGCCUAUGCACUCACCCUGUCGCCUUGGAGAAAAUCAGUUGGCUCUGAAGACGGACAUCGCAUGCAGCAGUCAAGACCACAGCAGGCAUCUUGUUAGCGAACGAAGCUAAAACUUUCGUGUCCAUGACAAGAAAUCCGUGGCGUGCACGUAUUUGAAGGUGGACAAAGCCAUUGAUGGUGAAACGAGCUCCUUUUGAGGAUUCGACCUUUAGCUACAAAGUCUUCAGAAAGGGUAAUCAUUGUCGAGUGGCUUCGGUCUUCUCAUGAUCAUCACGGUUACGCAAGCUGGCUGUCAUUGUCGACCGAAGGGGACUACGCCACUUAUGAUCUACAAAGAGCUAGAUACUACGUGAGGAGGAGCAUAUACACACCAGAAUCUUGGAGCAACCACGAGGAUUUGGUUUAAAUCCUCGUGCCAGCAAACGGUGCAUGACAUGCUGCAGAACUUGUGGAGAGUUGACAUGGCUGUACUCGCAUGCGCAAGCCGAGCCUCAUUCUGCAUAAGUAAGCUUGAUCGUGUCCGCAUUAUGUACAUGCCAGUCCGGUUUCGUCAACAGCCUCUCUUAGGCGCACAGAUUGAAGAAAAUCAUGGCCCAUCUUCUCUGCUGUGACGACUAUUUGUUGCAGGUCUGCGUGUGGAUUGUGUACACGCAGGGAAAGGUAGGGCACAAGAAUCGGAAGACGCCUUCUACAAUCGCUGGUCAUUCCUCGAUGAGCGGCAGACUGGCACAGGUCGGACAGGAAUCCAUGGCACUCUAAAUCGGCACUCUAGCCCAUCAAAAACGAAACUUCUGCACCUGCAGACAGUACUUCAGAGAACAAUCAGCAAAUAGUUUGAGAUUCAAGGCAUCUGCCUGGACUAUUCUCCCCAAUCCUUCCGAUCCGUCUCCUCGUUUGAGCUGUGGAGAUUACCUCAGAGAUUAGCUUUGAGAGGAAAGUACCCGGCGAGCAUUGUCUUCACGGCUUAUACUGAUCGAAACUCAAUACUUCCGACUUGGACUUUUUGUGACACUCAAUAAUCCGUUCUUUCGAAAUUUUUUUCUUUUUUUAGUUGGUUCUCGUUGAAAUAUUCGUUACUGCUUAAAAUAGCUCAGACAAAUUGAGCAUCUUCAGCUUAUAAUUACUGGAACCAUAAAACCUCUGAUCUACCCUUCCUCUUGUAUUUACAGCAGCGAAGAAAAUAGCAAACUGCUUCAUUUGGUUUGCAAAAUCUUACAAACCAUAUAACAUGUCUAAAACAAUUAGCUAUGUACAUAUAAUUCACGAACCGAAGUAAACUCACAAAUUUGCAAUUUAUACCAACUCCCAGAUUUCUGUAUGAGAGAUCGGAUUAUUCAUCCUGCUAUAUGAUAUUUUUAAGUUCUACGUCCCAAUAUCAGCAUAGAAUAGUGGAAAGAUCGAUCAGUCUUGAUCGAUUCAAUGUUUCUUGAAUUUUAAGUAAUAACUUCAGAUUUUAGAGCUUGUUUGUUC